AUUGCUUAGAAAUUCGCUUAUCAGCCCGCACCGGCCUUUGCACCACACACAAAGAUUAUCUUUCAGUUAACGAGCGAGUAUACAUAAAUUAAAGCCUGAUUAUUCGUCUAAUAGCAAUAGCCGAAGAAGUCGAAGAACUUAAUUGACAGUUGGCUAAACCGGUUUCAACACACUCGAGAGCAAAAUGUCUGGGAAAGAGAAGCUGCGAUUCGAUGGCCGUGUGGCCGUUGUGACCGGUGCCGGAGCUGGACUUGGACGGGAGUACGCCCUGUUGCUGGGAUCGCGCGGUGCCAAAGUGGUUGUCAACGAUCUGGGCGGCAGCCCUAAGGGCGAAGGCGCCUCCCAGCGGGCCGCCGAUGUGGUUGUGGAUGAGAUCCGCAAGAGCGGCGGCCAGGCGGUGGCCGACUACAACUCGGUCAUCGAUGGGGCAAAGGUCAUCGAGACGGCAAUCAAGGCUUACGGACGUGUGGACAUAUUGAUAAAUAACGCCGGAAUAUUGAGAGAUCGGAGCAUCAUCAAGACAUCGGAACAGGACUGGAAUCUGGUGCACGAUGUGCAUCUGAAGGCCAGCUUCAAUUGCACCCAGGCAGCCUUUCCGCACAUGAAGGCGCAGAACUUUGGCCGCAUCAUAAUGACCUCAUCGAACUCGGGCAUCUUUGGUAACUUUGGCCAGGCCAACUACUCGGCGGCCAAGAUGGGCCUGGUUGGGCUAGCCAACACCGUCGCCAUCGAGGGCCAAAAGAAUAACAUUCACUGCAACGUGAUCAUUCCGACGGCGGCCAGUCGCAUGACCGAAGGCAUCAUGCCCGAAAUGCUCUUCAAUGAGCUGAAACCGAACCUAAUUGCGCCCGUCGUUGUCUACAUGUGCCACGAGUCCUGCGAGGACAAUGGCAGCUACAUCGAGAGCGCCGCCGGCUGGGCAACCAAGGUGCACAUGGUGCGUGGCAAGGGAGCCGUGUUGCGACCAUCUCUCCAGGAGACAGUCACACUCGAGAAUGUGCAGAAUGCGUGGAACAAGGUGACAGACAUGUCGAAGACGACACACUUGAACACCAUAGCCGAGGCAUCGGGCACACUGCUCGAGGUGCUCGAGAAACUCAACUCGAAUGGCGACGGUGGCGCUACGGAUGCCGUUGUCGAGGAUGACUUCACGUUCGGCAACAAGGAGUUGAUCCUUUAUGCAUUGGGCAUUGGCGCCACAACGGCGAACAGCAACGAUUUGCGGUUUCUGUAUGAGAACGAUGCGGACUUUGGAGCGAUACCAUCCUUCUUUGUGCUGCCCGGUUUGAUGACGACCAUGUCCAGCUCUUUGGUUGCCAACGCUCUGCCCAGUGGAAAUGCGGAUCUGUCCAACAUACUGCAUGGGGAACAGUAUCUGGAGAUCUGUGACGAGAUGCCAACCAGUGGCACACUGCUCACCAAGGGCCGGGUAUUCGAUGUGAUGGACAAAGGAUCCGGCGCCGUCGUUGUGACCAGCUGUGAUUCCUACGAUGAAACUGGACGACUGUUGGUCAAGAAUCAGAGCGCCAUCUUUGUCGUCGGUGCCGGCAAAUUCGGAGGCAAGAAAACGCCAAUUGCCGGUGUUGUGCCCCUUGCCGCUGCCCCCAGCCGGCAGCCAGAUGCGACAAUUCAGUACAAGACGGAUGUGGGUCAAGCGGCCCUAUAUCGUCUGUCCGGUGAUCUGAAUCCGUUACAUAUCGAUCCCAACUUUGCUCGCCUGUCCGGCUUCAACACACCCAUUCUACAUGGACUGUGUUCCCUGGGAUAUUCGGUCCGAGCCGUUCUAAGCAAGUACGCCAACAAUAAUGGUCAGCUGUUCAAGGCAGUCAAGGUGCGCUUCUCGGGCCCCGUUCUGCCCGGACAGACGCUCAGGAUUGAUAUGUGGAAGCAGGGGACACGCAUCCAUUUCCGCACCCUUGUCGUUGAAACUGGCAAGGAGGUGAUCUCGGGCGCCUAUGUCGACCUGAAGGACUCCAAGGCCAAGUUGUAAUUUCAAAUUCAGCUUGAGCAAUUCCAAGAAGUGAUCAGCAUCAUUUAUGAUAUAUGUAAUACACAUAACAUAACAACAACAAAAUCGGGCGGUGGUUCAAAAUAUUGCAAUAUAUAUAUAUAUAUAAUAUAUUAUUCAAAUGUUACAAUUUGUUGGUCGAUUUGUUUAUUUUUUUAAUAAAUUCCCACUUUGUUUUUAAU